GCCAAACCGUCCCGAUCCCCGAGUUAAAGCAGGACGCGCCUCGAUUCCCGGCACACGAGCCGGCGAGCCGCGCAGCCUUCGACCCCGAGGGGAACCGCUCACCGGAGCACCACCGACCCGCGGGCAUGGCCGAGGAGGGGAAGCACCUGGAGACGGGCCGGGCCGACCGCUCCGUCUGGCUCAUGAAGUGCCCGACCAUCGUCUCGCGCGCCUGGCAGGAGGCCGCCGCCGCCGCCGCCGAUGCCGGAGGUCCCAACCCUAACCCUAACCCCGUCGUCGCCAAGGUCAUCCUCUCCUUCGACCCGCUCAGCACCGACGAGGACCCGAACCAGUUCAAGAUGGAGAUGGCUCAAACUAACAAUGGCAACACACCGAAGAAUUACUCUUUGAAUAUGUUCAAGGAUUUUGUGCCAAUGUGUGUUUUCUCUGAGUCUAACCAAGGGAAGCUUGCAUGCGAAGGAAAAGUCGAGCACAAAUUUGACAUGGAACCGCACAAAGAAAACCUUUCAGACUAUGCAAAAUUAUGCCGUGAGAGGACUAAAAAUUCUAUGAUUAAAACAAGAAAAGUGCAUGUACUUGACAAGGAGCAUGUGAAUGUGCGCACAAUGAUUAGCAUGAUUGGUGGCGGGCCUCAUUCUGGUCCAAAGGACAAGAAGAAGCCGGCGCCAACCAGAACUCCUGAAGUGAAAAGAACACGAAGGGAUCGUGGGGAUAUUGAAAACAUCCUAUUCAAGUUAUUUGAGAGGCAGCCGAAUUGGUCACUGAGGCAUCUAAUGCAGGAAACUGAUCAACCAGAGCAAUUCCUGAAGGAGAUAAUGAACGAUCUUUGCGUCUACAACAAGAGAGGGCCGAAUCAAGGGACGCAUGAGCUCAAGCCUGAAUACAAGAAGUCUGUUGAGGACACUAGCGCGACCUGAAGUCUAUAUCAUCUCUUAUGAUAUGCUAUACCUGAGAGCUAGAAGCCCGUAUGCUCUGAUAAGUUGAAUGUGGGUCAUUGACAGAUUCUGACUCCAGCCUGUUAGUUGCUGAUGAAUCGCGUAUGCUUCAUCUGGUUGUUCUUUGCAAAAGUAAUUUUUAUGCUGUAUAAGCCUCGAGAUAUCUUGUUAUACCACGGUUUGCCGUAUCAAAGAUCCUGAGUUUUCAGCA